CUCAAAUAUAGAGGAACUUCAUAGAAGCUCAUAUACAGGACACAAGCCCAUGUUGAUGCCAAAUAGAAGUUUGCUCAAGGUCAUUGUUCUUGGAGAUAGUGGGUAUGAUUGAAACACCCUCAUAUCUUUUACUUCUCUUUCUUGUUUUGUUCUUUCUUUUCAUGGCUUUAAGUUUCCUGAAAAUUGCCCUCCUUUUUUGAUCAUUUUUAGGGGUGGGAAAGACAUCUUUGAUGAAUCAAUAUGUGUACAAGAAAUUCAGUCAGCAGUACAAAGCAACCAUUGGAGCUGACUUUGUGACAAAAGAACUGCAAAUUGAUGACAAAUUGGUCACUUUGCAAAUUUGGGACACAGCAGGGCAGGAAAGAUUUCAUAGCCUGGGUAUAGCAUUCUACAGAGGGGCAGAUUGCUGCAUUCUUGUAUAUGAUGUUAAUGUGCCCAAAUCAUUUGAAACACUUCAAAAUUGGCAUGAAGAGUUUCUCAAACAGGCAGAUCCAACUGAUCCUGACACAUUUCCAUUCGUAUUGAUUGGAAACAAGUUGGAUGUAGAUGGUGGAAGCAGCAGAGUGGUUUCUGAGAAGACAGCAAGGGACUGGUGUGCUUUAAAGGGAAAUAUACCUUACUUUGAGACAUCAGCAAAAGAGGAUUACAAUGUUGAUGCUGCUUUUUUGUGUAUAGCAGAAACUGCCCUUGCCAAUGAACAUGAGCAGGACAUCUAUCUCCAUAGAAUCUCAGAAUCUAUUUCUGAAACUGAGCAAAGUGGAGGAUGUGCAUGUUGAGUUCAGCCACUACAAAGUUACAGUAAUUCUGUUUAUAUGGUUCUUUCUUUUUGCUAGCAUUUGUUAUAGUUAGAGAAGGAGAGACAGAGAGAGUACGCACAUGUAUGCAAGUCACUCAUUUUCUAGAGACCUAUUUAUUUUGUGAUUCUAAAUAAAUUUGAAUGUACAUUCUUG